AUGAUUUAUCUACGCGUUGCGUGCCUGCUUAUUUGCGCGUUCUCCGCAACGGCCGACGUCGCGUUCCCGCUUUCCGAUGAAUUUAUCGACUUGAUCAACUCGAAACAAAGGACAUGGAAAGCGGGCAGGAACUUCCCGUUGAACACGCCGAUGAAACACAUCAAAAAGCUUAUGGGCGUAUUGAAAGACGACCAAAUCACAACGCUGCUUACAAUGGUGCACGACUCGGACGUGAUAGCGAAUUUGCCCGAGACCUUUGACCCGAGAGACAAAUGGCCCGAUUGUCCCACGUUAAACGAAAUUAGAGAUCAGGGCUCGUGCGGAAGCUGCUGGGCGUUCGGCGCCGUGGAGGCGAUGACUGACCGCUACUGCACCUACUCAAACGGUACGAAACAUUUCCAUUUCUCCGCCGAAGACCUGUUGAGCUGCUGCCCCAUCUGCGGCCUCGGUUGCAACGGCGGGAUGCCGUCACUCGCGUGGGAGUAUUGGAAGCAUUUCGGUCUCGUCUCCGGCGGCAGCUACAACUCCAGCCAGGGCUGCUUGCCGUACGAGAUCCCGCCGUGCGAGCAUCACAUCCCCGGGAACAGAAUGCCGUGCAGUGGCGACACGAAAACCCCGAAAUGCAUCAAGGAAUGCGAGAAGAAUUACAAUGUGAACUAUAAAAAGGACAAACACUACGGGAAGCACGUGUACUCGGUGCGGGGGGGCGACGACCACAUCAGGGCGGAACUGUACAUGAACGGACCAGUGGAGGCGGCGUUCACCGUGUACGCAGACCUGCUGGCGUACAAAAGCGGUGUGUACAAACACGUAGCGGGCGACGCCCUCGGCGGGCACGCGGUCAAGAUACUGGGGUGGGGCGUCGAAAACGGCAACAAGUACUGGCUGAUCGCGAACUCGUGGAACACGGACUGGGGCGACAACGGUUUCUUCAAGAUCCUGAGGGGCGAAGACCACUGCGGCAUCGAGAGCUCGAUCGUCGCGGGUGAACCGUUAUUCAAC